CUUGGAUUUUGCAUAAAACCAUUCCAAAAACAUGAAAGCAGCAUGUAUUAUCUUAACAGCAAUCGUAUUAGUUGCCAUCAUGGCUGUGUGCGUCAUGGUCAAAUUUGCAACAGAAAUAACCGUGGAAGAGAGAAAACGGGACUACUUGCCCGGCGCAGGAGUGUACCAUGUCGCUAAAUCCAUAGCUGUUAUCUCUCUAAAUGAUAAUAGCAGUGUGUCUAUAGCAGAAAGGUAUCCAUACGUGGCUGCUAUCGCCAGGAAUACGUCCUCGCAAUGGUCAUUCGCCUGUUUCGCAAGCGUCGUCCUCGUAAAAUGGAUCGUAACUUCUGCGCAUUGCAGAAAAAAGGGCGCGACGCAUAGAGUGCUCUUACUCCACGACUUCGCGAGAAAUAUCAGUGCGUCAUACCCAAUUCUGUAUUGGAGGAUACACGAAAAAUUUAACCCGAAUAACACGAUGCCCAUGUAUGAUAUAGCAGUUGCUAAAUUCAAUAUAGAAUUACCUACCACGUUACGCUCGUCCACGUUCGACGAAAGGCAGGUUUUGCAUUUUGAUGCGAGCAUUUGGAAAACUGUGUCUACAAUGGACAGGCGCAUUUAUUUGAUAAAUGAUUUCGAUAGUUUUGAAUUGAAAUUCGCGCCCAACAGCCGAUGUUAUGAGAGCUUUGGUGUACAAAUAGAUGAGAGCUUAAUAUGUGUAGACAUGUCUGAUUAUGAAGAUUGUUUUGUACAUGAAUUCGGACCUUUGUACACAGGGGAUAAGUUGGCGGGUGUGCUGGCUCUCAAGCCGCGUGAUUGUGAAGUUAAAUUAGCAAUAUUUACAAAUGUUUCGUAUUUCGCUACUUGGGUUUUGAAAUUGACUCAUACUACGUUUUAUGGAUGA